GAGGAGUCCUUGAAUCUCAAAUAAAAUGUCUUCGUUCUUUGUUUCUCACCUGUGCAGCCCCUGUGUCCCUCUCUUUGAUUUCAAAAUCCUGUGGUACUUCUGACACUUGCCAUCUUAACUACGUGGAGACGAGUCCACAUAAUGAACUAACAGUGAAGACCAAAAGAACCUGCUGUACUGGGGAGGAAUGUAAAACUCUGCCACCGCCUGUGCUUGGACACAAAGUCAACCCACCCAACGGACUUCAGUGUCCUGGAUGCCUUGGAUUGUCCUCAAAAGAAUGCACUGAACACCUGGUUUCCUGCCGGGGAUCUGAAAACCAGUGUUUGUCUAUAAUUGGGAAAGAAUUUGGCCUUUUCUUCAGAGCAUUGUCUUAUAAAGGAUGUGCUACGGAGAGUCUGUGCACUUUAUUUGAGAAGAGGUUCUGGAAUGUUUUAGAGGAUGUUGAAGUAGACUUCAAAUGCACGCCAGCCCUCCCAAAGUCUUCCCAGUGAUGUACAACUGCAGGUCAAGGCCAUCGCUCCACCUUACUAAGAACUAAGGAGCCAACAUGGCUCAUUCUGUUUUAGUCAGCUUUCAACAGAAUCCUCGUUCUUCUGGAUGUGUCAAAGUUCCACACAAUUAAUGUGAAAAUUAACUGAGCCAUGGCUCAACCAAUAAAGCAGUAACUUUCAAAAGAAUUCCA